AUGAGACACAAUGUGCAGCAAACGGACGGAUGAUAUUCCUUAAGCAUCUGCUUGUGCUCGCAAGAGAUUAAGCAUUUGCGCACGGUGUACGAGCAAGCACUGUGUGAGGCGAUGCGAUUGAAGACAAAGACGACGGGCGCCUACACGGUCACGUUGGUGGAACGCAGCGACGCGACUCUUGUUGCCACGUGUGAUUAUGUCAGCGUCGGCUAACACGCGGUGGCCAUGCAAAGUUGAACUUGGUCGUGAAACGUUUCAACUUCAGCCAACCGUCCUCUUUUCUCGUUUCCUCCUCGACAUCGACGGUGUUAGGCCUACAAGAUGUCGACAAAUAUUUACAACGGAAUGCCUCCACCUCCUCGACGACACCCUCUCGGAAACGCGGGAAAUAACUAUCCCAACCAACCCCGUCAGUUCGUACCGGGAACUCCACCGAAACCUCUGCCUCAACCACCGGCUCAAGAGAAAGCGAAACAACCACCGGAACCACCUUUACCUCGGCAGAAUGCAAAGGUGACACCCCCGUCACCACCCAGGGUCAUUGCAGACAAGACCCGAACAUUGGAGUUCGUUCGAGUCGGAAUGCUCGGAGAGAGGAUCUUCAGUCUUAUGCAGACUAUGAAGAUGAUCUAUGAAUCGUCGACAAUGAUGCUGUGCCAUUGCUGUGGUGAAGAACUCCAUAGCGCCUUUGUAUCAUCUUUGCCUGCUGAUAUAAAUAUUCUUGAACAAUUACUUAUCGCUUACAUUUCUAUAGGGUGGCUUUGCUCGUGUAUACGAAGUAAAGGACCGUUGGGGUGUGCGCGCCGCUUGCAAGGUCGUCACGAAAUUGUCACUCAAGACCAAGAAAGCGAAAACGAAGCUCUACGCAGAAAUCAAGAUUCAUCGCUCACUGGAACACCCCAACAUUGUUCGAUUUCAAGAUUGUUUCGAAGACGAUGAGAACGUCUACAUGACACUGGAGUUGUGCCAUAAUGGCUCUCUCAUGGACAUGCUGCGUCGGCGACGCCGAUUCACCGAACCUGAAGCUCGUUUCUUCAUGGUCCAACUCAUUGGCGCGUGUCAAUACAUGCACACUCACCAGGUCAUCCAUCGCGACCUCAAGCUGGGCAACAUCUUCCUGGACCAGGGUAUGAACGUCAAGGUCGGCGACUUUGGCUUGGCAGCUCUUAUCGAGAAUCCUGGCGAGCGCAAGAAGACGAUUUGUGGCACGCCAAAUUACAUUGCUCCCGAGGUUCUGUUCGACACGGCUAACGGUCAUAGCUUCGAAGUGGAUACUUGGUCUAUUGGUGUAAUCCUUUACACGCUUGUAGUUGGUCGUCCUCCAUUCCAGACCAAGGAUGUGAAAGCUAUCUAUAAGCGUAUUCGUGACAACGAGUAUGAGUUCCCGGCGGAUAAGCUUGUGUCAUUCGAGGUGCAAGAGCUUGUACAACAGAUCCUCACGCCGGAUCCUCAGCAGCGACCUACUCUGCAGGAGAUCGUAGACCACGCGUUCUUCACACGUGGUAUCGUGCCCGACAAGAUCCCUACCUCAGCCCACGACGCCGCGCCAAGUUUCAGCCACAUCACUCGUCCUAUUUCACAGGCCAAUCUUGCUCGACUUCGUAAGGAUGCAUUGCUUGAUGCCGAGGUUACCAGUAUCGCCGUGCCCUCUGCGCCACCAGCGAAUUCGUCGAGCAAGAUGAAGAACCCGACUUCGACUCUCGCCCAGCAGGAGAAGGAGUUCCAGAAGGCCGUUCAACCUGGAAGCCCAAUUUCCGCGCUGCUGGGUGCUGCAAGACAACCACUCAUGGUUGCCCCUGGGACCAAUCGUGGUGAGCAACCGUUGAUUAGGAAGUUGCAAGCUGCGAGAGAGGCAAAGUCCCCUGGAAGACCUAUUCGAGAGGCCCGCACAGGCGGGUUACAGAAUAUCGAUGAGGAGAACCAGGAAGAGGUCAAACAGCAGGAUCAGAGACGGAAGGAGCUGGAGGCUCAGAAGGCGAGGAUCGUCGCGCAGAUGGUACCCGGAAGUAGACCUGGUUCAGCUACAGGGCAAGCCAAUCAAGAGAACCUUCCGCCAGUGGAUGAUUUUCAGAAUCGUCGCAGAGUACCUGAGCCAGUCCGGGCAAAGGAGAAAGCAAGGGAAGUUGUUGCUCAACCCGAACCCUCGCCAGCGUCUGGAUCUGGUGCUUCUAUCAAGCCCAAUGGCUUCGACGCAGCUGCGCAGACAUUGACUGCGGCAUUCGAUGCCAAGGCGAGGGGACGUCUGUUCCGCGAUCCUCGAGAUGAUGUUGCACUCCCUGACGCCAAGGUGUUCAUCGUUUCGUGGGUGGACUAUUGCAACAAGUACGGGAUGGGAUAUGCCUUGACAGACGGGUCGAUUGGUGUGCAUUUCAACGAUAGCACUACCAUCGUACUUUCACCUGACAAGCAUCACUUUGACUAUGUGACCUCCAGGCGUCAGGGAUCUGUGUAUGUUCGCAAGAACUACACGGUAGAGGAUUACCCUGAGGAUAUCGCAAGCAAGGUAUAUUUGUUGAAACACUUUGAGCGGUAUAUUGUGGAACGGCUCUAUGAUGAACGGGAGUAUACCUUUGUUGAUCUCGAGCGAACCAAGGGCAUGGACUUUGUGCAGAAGUACCUUCGCAUGAAGCAUGUGAUUGUGUUCAAGAUGAGCCACGACGUUUUGCAGUUCAACUUCUAUGAUCACACGAAAGUCGUCUUAUCAUCACAAGGACUCGUGGUCACUCACAUAAACAAGAACUACGAAGCGACACGGAUGUCGCUGAGCGAAAUCAUGGCGCAAUCCCUUCGUCCACCUGUUGCAGAUCACGAACAUGCAAAGUUCAACCAACGCCUCGUAGACAAGCUCAAGUACUGCAAAGAAGUCUUGGUCUCCAUCCGUAAUGUCAGUUCAAACCCUGACGCUGCAGCUGGCCUUGCAGACGUCGAUCCUGUUGGUAUUCCAUCGAGGGCAACGUCCAAAACCUCCCUUCGCUGAUUGGCCGUCUUUAUUAUUCAUGCCCUUCACGACAUCACACGAGGUUGCCACAUCUUUUGAACUGAAAUAUAUAUCUUCUUUCUCAUCGGUAUCGACGAUGUUAGGUCGUCGAGGAGAGCUUGAUCGUACGUUAGGUGAUCUUGCUCUUUUUUUUGGUUCUGCAUAUCCGUUGUAUACCCCCCGCUUCAUGACCAUCAUCAGUAUUCUUUUCAUGUCCUGUUCACGCAUUUCUUUGUCCUGCAUUGACGUAUAAUCUUUAUACAACCUAUCUUGCAUUCUUCUAUAUAUCGCAGGUCGUGUAGUAGCUGCUCCGCAAUACAGCAAAGGUCAUAAAGAUUGUUGUCGUUUGAAGAUAGCUCGGCGGGUGUGGCAAAUCGACGUGAGCAUUGGACUUUCUUUGGCUUCC